AUGGAGCCGCAUGCGUUUGCGUUGAGGCGAGUUUGUUGGUGUUUGGUGGCGACAAGUUCUUACUAUUUUGGUCCUAAAGGCUAUAUUUGCGAUUCUCCUCCGCUCCGAUAGAUGGAAACGAUGGCUUUUUUGACAAUUGGCACUAAACGCAAGCUCUACUCCAAGUAGGACAUUGUCCUAUCGCAGUGUAGCCUAUUCUAACAAAUAUACUUUAUAUCAAUAACAGGACUGCUUCAUCCGACAGUAAUUGCAGUGUAACAACCCUCUUCUUAUAUAGGCUACUAACUGUUACGAUUUUAUCAUGUCGACAAAUUUCUCUUUUAACUCACAGCUUGUCUCUAUCAUGGAUGCGUUAUCCAAAACGGCUGUAUUGGAAAUAGGUAAAUUAGUCCAGAUCGAAUCAAAGAUGCUAAAAAUAGAGAUUAAUCGGGGACGAAAUGAAAUCGCAUCACUCACAGAGAAAUUGCAGUUGAUGGAGAAGCUGCUUUGGAUUGCCCAAGGACACCGGCAGGACACCGCGGGACGAUCAAUCACACGGGAUUCAGAAAUUACUUGCGGCGAAUUAGAUGGUGGCGCUACAAUCCAACCAAUAAAAAGUGAAAGUUUACAGGAAAGCAUAUGUCCCUCCACUGAGACAACUAAUGAAGAUGAAGAAAGCUUACAUCAACGGUACACAGACAAAUCAAAAGAACAGCCUGUAAUCAGCGUAAUUAAAGAGGAGCCACCCGAAGAGCAGACCUCUGAAUUAAGUACACAGCAAGAACUAGAAACCGAUACAAAUUAUUUUUUACUUUCAACAGGAGAAGCAGAACUGCAAACCCAACCUGAGAAGAGGUGGUCAGAUGUUCCAAUUCAUCCAAAAUCAGCGUCAAGUGUACAACUGUUCAUUCCCUGCUUUUCCAUCACCCAGACUCUUGCCUCAUCCAAUGCGGCUGCACCAGCAGGGUUCCAUGAAACCCCAUGCGAUCAGAACCCCUUGCUUAGGCCAACACCUGCCUCACACAACAACAACAAUAACAACAAAAUGGACACCAGUGGGAAGACACUAGUUUGCCGGAAUGCGGCCUCCAAGGGCCUGGGCCCGGCCAGGAGCCUUGCCCCAGCCAAGAGCACAAGGAUCCAGGGACUACUGUGGAACUCUGAGAUGUCCAAGAGGUUUGGUUGCGCUCAGUGCGGAAAGAGCUUCCGCUGUUUCAGCCAGCUGGAGAUCCACCAGCGGAGCCACACCGGGGAGAAGCCUUUCAGGUGCACGCUAUGUGGGAAGCGUUACGCGCAGAAGGGCCACCUGUACACGCACCAACGCACCCACACCGGAGAGAAGCCGUAUGGCUGUCCCAUCUGCGGCAAGGGCUUCAUCCAGAAGUGCACCCUGGACAUGCACCAGCGCACGCACACCGGGGAGAAGCCGUUUGUCUGUGGUCAGUGUGGUAAAGGAUUCACCAAGAAUUGUAAUCUCAAAAAGCACCUGGCCGUGCACGCGGACGUGGUGGACGGACACUCGUAUAACGGGGAAUCGAUAGCCAGACAUGGUCGCCCUGUUGGAUUAGGACCAACCAACACCACCACAACCACCACCACACACAUUUCUGUCACUCAAUUUUAAUUUGUCAGCGUUACACGCUCAAUCACAUUUGACCGAAAAUAAAUUAAUUUGGUUCUACACUU